GCCCCCCCUUCGCAAGAUGGCGGCGCCCAGCUGUAAGGUGCCGGGCCUCUGGGUCCGGGCUACUGGGCAGCGUUCAGGGAGUCUCUUUGCUCUUGGGUCAAAGCCAUUUUGUAACGUCGCUGCUGCCUCGAGGUCCCUGGAUGCCCAACAGUUAGCAGAGAGGCUCCGAGUCCAGAAACGGGAACAAAAGUCGAAGAAGGAGUCGGUGCCCACAAACCCUGUUCAGCGGAGAGUGCAUGAACUAGUGCGGUUCACACAGCAACUGCAGCGAGUUCACCCCAACGUGCUUGCUAAGGCGCUGAGCCGAGGGAUUGUCCACCAGGAUAAGGACCUUGUGGUCAUCAAUAAGCCCUAUGGUCUCCCUGUGCAUGGUGGCCCUGGGGUCCAGCUCUGCAUCAGUGAUGUACUGCCUAUCCUGGCAAAGAUCCUUCAUGGCCACAAAGCAGAGCCCCUGCAUCUGUGCCACCGACUGGACAAAGAAACUACAGGUGUAAUGGUGUUGACCUGGGAAAAGGAAAUGGCGCAUCAAGUCCAAGAGUUGUUUAGAAGCCGCCAGGUGGCAAAGAAGUACUGGGCCAUCACCGUGCAUGUACCGGUACCCCCUGCGGGAGUCGUGGAUAUCCCCAUCAUCGAGAAGGAGGUGCAAGGCCAGCAGCAACACCACAAGAUGACGCUCGCCCCAAGCUACCGCAUGGACAAUGGGAAAAUGGUGAGGAUGCGGACCAGCCGGAACUCGCAUGUGGCUGUGACUCAGUACCAGGUGCUAAGCAGCACCAUCUCUUCUGCCCUUCUGGAACUCCAGCCUAUUACUGGAGUAAAACAUCAGCUUCGAGUUCAUCUGUCUUUUGGGUUGGAUUGCCCAAUCCUUGGUGAUCACAAGUACUCAGACUGGAAUAGACUGGCCCCCCAGAAGCUGCCCACAGGCACCCUGAAGAAGCUGGGGCUGCAGCAGUCCAAGGCUCGCCACAUCCCCCUGCACCUGCAUGCUCGCCAGCUCAUCCUGCCUGCCCUGGGCUCCCGGAAGGAGGAGCUGAACUUGACUUGCAAGCUUCCUAGGUUCUUUGUACGCUCCCUGAGCCGCCUGGGCUUGGACAUACCAAGUCAGGAUCCAGAGGGGGACAGUGAAGCAACAUACCUGGGGGCACAGUGAAGUCUUUGGGGGCAGUUGGGCCCCUGAAUUCUUCAGUUUGUUCUAUGAACUCUCCUCACUUCUGACUUGGGACAGACUCCAGCAGCGCCAGAUGUGGCAUGGCGAAGGAAGUUGGUUGCCUUGGGACUUUCACUGGAGACUGCAGUCUGUUUGGCCACACACACUAUGGGAAAGCUAAGAGCGGGAGUGCCCUGCCCAGGCAGACUGGGCCAGCAACUGGACAAGAAGUAAAGCCCUGAAUCUGAGAUCAGCAAGUGCUUUCACCAACAAUAAAGCUCUUGAUGGAUCAGGAAGGUUCCUGUGGUUGUAACGAGUGGGUUGGGUGACAUCGAGGGAGUGUGGGGUUCUCUCCAGCUGCCACACGGCCCCUCCACACUCGUGAUUGUGGAGCUGUGAGCGGGGUUUUGAGCAGCCAGGCUGGCAGAUGACAGGUGGGGUGAAGGCUGUGGUGGGGCACACUCACUUCCUAAAGAGGGCAAUGGUUGUUGCCAUGGAGGAACAGAUUUUCUAACUUUUUUCAGAGUCCAGAAACAGGUAUCUAUGUAUAUUGCCAACUAAAGCUCAUUAAAAAAAAAUCUCACAUGAAAAGGGCACAUAUUAAAAAAACUAGCAACAACAAAUGCUGGCAAGGAUGUGGAGAAAAAGGAACUCUCCUGCACUGUUGGUGGGAGUGCAAACUGGUCCAAUCACUAUCGAAAGCUGUGUGGGGGUUCCUCAGUCUGCUAAAAAUGGAGCUUCCAUAUGAUCCAGCAAUCCCACUCCUAGGUAUUUAUCCAAAGGACACAAAAACAUUAAUUCAAAAGGACACCUGCACCCUUAUGUUGAUUGCAGCACUAUUUACAAUAGGUAAGCUAUGGAAGCAACCCAAAUGCCCAAAAAUAGAUGACUGGAUCAAGAAGAUGUGGUACAUAUACACAAUGGAAUAUUACUCAGCAAUCAAAAAAGAUAAACUCAUGCCAUUUACAGCAACAUGGAUGGAGCUGGAAGGGAUCAUGCUCAGUGAAAUAAGCCAGAAAGAAAAAAGAAAAUUACCAGAUGGUCUCGCUCAUAGCAGGAAUUUAGAAAACCUAAAUAAGGGACCAGGAAAAAGACUAAUUAUAAUAAAGAAAAACCAAAAUCAACAAGCAACUGUAAACAAGAGGCAUGUUACAGAGGG